UUCUUGAACACCUCCAGGAAAUUUUUUUUCCAUUCUCAAAAAUUAUGGUUAAGAGGAGAAAAACAGAACAAAUCUACCUCCUUACUCUUUGAAUACAUGAAUAGAUUGGAAAGGUAACCAUAAUCCAUUCUUUUAAACUCAUCGGCAACAUCUACUGAUUAUAGUAUAGUGUAAUUAUAUAUACUUUGUUCACAGAUUGAAAAACAGUUUCUGAGCUAGAGUUUUGCUAAUGGAUUCCACCAGAAUGCCUAAAACCAACAUUUAUUAACGUUUAUUUAUUUAUUAAUUUUACCAUAUUUUAAUUUUGUUCUUCAGACAAUUAUGCAUACACAACUUCUUUACACCUAAUACAGACUAAAGCGUAUGAAUGUACUUUAAAUCACAUUUCAUUCAGCAAGUAGCUGAAUACAGCUUCAUUGUAUAUUUGUGUGCGUACACACGCAUUUAAUUUGAAGCAUGUUCUUAAAUUCAGUUUGAUCAAAAGCUAUUUCAAUGCUUUUGCUAAUGAUAGUUGUAUCCCUGAAUCAGCACUAGAGCUUUAAUGAAGUUAGCUUAGAGAGAGAAGACUAUGACUUUUUGUGUGACCGUUCAAUCAGUUAAAGUUAUCCUGUACACUUAAUUAUGUCUGGCCUUCACAAUAGUGCUCCACGCAACUUCUUCUUGGCUCAGCUAUAUUAUGUAGAACAUACAAAUCUCAAUCUCAGUGCCAGAAAUUGACCUUGGGAAUGACAAAGUAUGGUUUGCUUGGGUUUCUUAUAACAAAAUUUGAAAAUUUUUGAUUAUUUUAAUAGAAAUCUCUAAUCAGCUGGUAGUGAAGACUACUAAAAUAUGUUGUUUUAAGUCAAGUCUAGAAAUUAUUCAAUUGGGGACACAAAUAAUUCCUUAGAAACAUCUUCAGAAAGUGCAUUUCCUUGUUCAGAGCCACAACUUGCUAUUUCAUCUGGAUGUGCUCUUUAGACUACUGUUACAAAGAAUAACUACUGUGAGAACCAAAACACUUAUCAGUGCUAGCUAAAUAUCAUCUUCCUUUUGUCAGAACAGUGCUAUUAAUCAAGAGGAAUAGUAACUGAGAUGAGACCGUGUCUCUUCUGUAAGUUAAUACAUCCUCAGUGGAUCACAGUGUACUCUUUCUUAUGUGUCGACAUCAUAAAUGGAGGUAACCGUGGCUGUCCUGGUUACAGUCAAGCCACAGAAUCAUAGAACCAUUAAGGGUGAAGAGACCACUAACAUUGUCUAGUCCUUUCUUUCUCUCAUACCCAGGGCUGGCAUACAGCAUACCAGCAGUAGUGCAGCUCCGUCCACAUGAACUACAUUUGCAUCAACAGUGUUCUGGUAUUGCACAGCCCAGUGCUAGCACUAUGGCACAAAAGGCCAGGCUUUCCUCCCUCCAUACAACACGACUUCAUGCCUCUGCCAAAGGCUCAUCUUCAGGUCAUCUCAAGGGCUCCAAGGAAUUUCAAGAAGACCAAGAUGUCAAAUACCGCCACCACAAGAAGGCAAGCAGAACACCUUCAGCAGACAGCUCAGGCCCAGAGACGAGAUCAAACUCCAUGCAGGAAUUUGCAGAGUCCUUUGAAAAGCAAUUGCAUUUCAAGAGCAAACGCUCAGUUUCUUUGCAACCUGAAGGCAUGAAGGAGAGAAGAGAGAGACUGCAUCUGAGAAAGAACAGGUCUCACAAGAGAAUGGGAGAGAAAUCAGAGCCAGGGGGAGCACAGAAAGAUGAGCGCUCAGAAGCUAUACCUGCAAAACACAACGAACAGUUCCCAUCACAAGCAAGCACUGAGAAAGGAUAUUGAUGCACAGGCUGCUAGAAUGUCUUGGGCUAAUGAAUUUUAACACUACCUCUGAUGAACAGAGGGAGCGUUCUUGUUUUGACUAGAAGAGGCUUGUUAGCUAGAGCAAAUCCAAAGCUGUAAAAUGAAACUAAAAUUCAACUGCAUAAUUGAUACCAUUUUACUACAUUCCUGUCCUUUCUUUUUCCACUGGGAAUGUGACCCUGCUCAGAGAUAUGGGGCAAUGAACCACACCUUAAGAGGGUUUCAGGCAGAUUUAGCAUUACAGCAGGACAAUAGUGGAUUUGUUUAAAUUUGUUUAAGGGGAGAACAUGUAUGUAUUACAGAGCUGUGCAAUGUCAUUCAAACCCUUAUGUUUCUUCUUUAAUUGCAAACAGAAAGUUUGGGAAAGAAAACAUACGCAUAAACUAUUAUCCACUACUUGGCCCUGACAUUGACUUAGAGUUGGUUUGGAAACAGGGAGCUCUUCUCUUUGACAGUCUCCCAACUCCAGAUUUGUGGAGGUGAUAGAAAAAAAGCCCUCACUCUCCUCCACAUAUUGCUGCUGUCACUGUCCCUGCAAUACAACUCUUGCUUCUCUGACGUCCCUCCUUUCUCUCCCAUGUCUUCAGUCUCAUUUCCCAAGUCACACGACUAGUUUUUCUGCAGCUUUUUCUCUGUCGUGGCCUUUCCUCCCUCCAUUUUCUAUUUUGUAGCUGUGACUCGUAGCUAUAAGACUCUUCUGUUACAACUCUAGCCCUGCCUCAUCAAAAUUUGAGCCUUGCUCAAACCUCUGGUAAAAACAGAGAUGAGCAGCCUUCUGCACUUCUAUAUCAUCUCUGCAAGGGGAUGGUUAUGCUUGCCACAAAUUCAGGGUGAUGGAUCCUUUUCAUUUUUUCCUUUUUUCAUGAACUAAGGCCAAACAAAGGAAUUGGGAAGUGGCUCUGCCAGGGAUAAGCAGGCCUUGGGUUUUUUUUUUUCCUCUGGCUGAAGAUCUCCUAAACUCAGCUGUAAAUCUCAUCAUCUCUAAGUAAGAUUUCCUUCAAUGCAGAGGAAUACAAUUUCCAUAUGCUCAGAAACACAGCUUUUUUAAUGUGAGUCUUCCCUUCAGAGAAAAUCCCUGUCGUUGGGAAUAAUUUCUCCAGGCCUAAUUUGAAGAAAGCCUGCUUUGGUAAUAGAGGAUAGUGAACACUGAUGGCUUUAUGGGCCAGAGUCAAAAUCUGCUGGGUGUUCUCGGGAUUUUCUGUAAUUAACAAAGGUUUUAUUACUUUACUUUAGAGCCUUAAUUUUGAACGUUCAACCUUUUAAGAGCUUAGGGCACCCUCAAAACUUUGUAACACUUAUCUUCAUUUUGGGAUUGGUUUUGCUUUAUGUAGGACUUUGAGGGUAUAGAAGAAAGUGACUGAACCCUUGCUAAUGCUUGUAAGCUGUUUCUUGCCUGGCAACAUAUAUUAUAAACUAAUAAAUG